CCUCGGCUACCUUGCCGGGUUCCUGGGAACAACAAAAGACGAGCUCCAACCCAUCACUGCCAACGAUAAGCCCCGCCAUCUCAACUUCAAGCCACACUUUGGCUCUACUUUAACCCAUCUUCUACAGUCACACCAUUCCAUCACACAUGCAACGUUCUUGAGAAAUGAUGGGCUCAACUCGGUAAAAUCUUACUCACAGCCAAAGGCAAUCUUGGCUGUGUAGUGAGUUACAGUAAUCCCCAUCGCGGGUACCACGUCCGAGUCCAAUCUUGUCUCACCCUGAGUCGAUAGACCUCCCUAUGGUUUCACCUUCGGCCAUUCAAGUCACUCCAAACCAGCUAUGGCGCCCAAGAAGAAGCCCGUCCAACCACACAAUAGAAAUGGAGACGACAACUUCCCAGGGCUCAACAACAAGGGCCCUGGGAAACCUGCAACCAAGACACAAUACCAAGAGCUGCAGGAAAACGAGGUGUUGGCACUGAAGGCCAUUUAUGGAGAGGACUUCAUUGAGCAUAGUGCUGCACAUAGUGCGUGGCAUAAAUCUGAACCGUCUUUCGACAUCCGUAUCAAGGCUUCAUCAGACGACGACUUUGUCAUGACCCUUGGGGUGGUUCUAGUGGCCACGUACCCCAAGUCUCCUCCACUUUUGACCAUCAAGGAUGCCGGCGACUUGCGUGACUCGACCAAGUUCAAGAUUCAAAAGUUCGUCGACACGCAGCCAAGGAUAUGGGCCGCCGAACAGCGAGAAAUGAUCGACGGCCUCGUCGAGGGCAUCCGCGAGAUUUUGGAGGCCGCGGCCCUGAAGAAGGCCCAGGGCCUGGAACUUCCGUCCCUGGAGGAAGAGCGAGCGGCCCAUGAGGCUGAGUUGGCGAAGCAGGCCCGAGACGAAAAGGAGCUGGAAGAGCGCAAGAAGCUCGAGGAAAUUAAGGAGGAGGAGCGCGUCCUCGGUGAUAUGGUCCAAGAAGAGCUCCGACGGCAGAAGUCCAAGGCAAAAGAGUCUAGAAAGAAGAACCGGAGUCAACAGUUAUCGCCUGACCGCGUUGCUGAAGACCCCACCGAGACCGAUGUUGCUCUCCUCUUUGACCAGCCAUGCAAGUUGACCGACGGAUCGGGGAAUGCCCUAUAUUUCCAGACCGUAAUCGGAAGGAUGAUAUACCGAGAAGGCCCGGUAACCACGGUUUACAAAGUCAAGCCUGUUCUCUCUGCGAAGAACCUGCGCCCGAGUCUCGCCCUUAAGCAAGUUGAGUUGAAGUACCACGGGAAGGACUCGGCGCAGUCAAGGAAGCAGCUGCAGUUGCUGGAGAUGCAGCUGGAAUCGCUAAAGAAGCUGCGCCACCAAAACCUCCUGGAGCUGAUCGAUUACAAAAUUGACCGCUCCAUAAGUGACACGGACUCGUCAUCGCCAGCGGUCUGGAGCAUCAGUGUUCUGACGCCUCUCAGCGACAAGGGCCCGCUCGAUGAACUUCUCGAUCUCGCUGGCCAGAUCGACAUCAGCAAAGCCAAGUUAUGGACUGCUGAUCUCCUGGAUGCACUGGCCUUUUUGCAUAAUCAUGGCGUCGUGCAUCAGGAUAUCCAUCCUGGCAACAUCCUGCUCUGCAGAGAGCCAGCGGGGGACAUCGUCCCGAAGCUGGCUGAUGCAGGGUACCAGAGAGAACUGCACAACAUCUGCACCAAGGUGGCCACUCUGACUACGACGAGGGCGGCUAAAUCAGCAUACUGGUUUGCUCCCGAAAUCGCCGGCGUGUCAAAACCGCAAUACACGCAAAAGACGGACGUGUGGGAUUUCGGGAUGGUAUUUUUGCAGAUGCUCUUCGGUCUGAACGUGGCAGAGAAGUACCACUCUCCAUCGGCAUUGAGAGACUCGCUUAAUCUAUCCAGUCCUCUCGAGGAACUGGUUGGCAAGUUCUUCAAGUCUGACCCUAAGAAGCGACCCCGCGCCUUCGAGCUUUGCUCGAGUGAGUUCUUGGCGACCAGCGCCCCGAUACUUGCCGACUAUGAUUCUGCUGUUAUUGACGGCUCCAUGAUUUCUACGUCCCAAGGUUUGCCGCGGAGGCUGCGUCACGAUUCCAUGAAUCGCAGUAACACCAGUUCCAGGUAUCUCCAAGAUUACGUCGAGGAGGCUCGGCUGGGCAAAGGGGGUUUCGGAGAGGUGGUCAGAGCUCGCAAGAUGAUCGAUGGCCGUCUCUAUGCCAUCAAGAAGAUCACGCAGCGGUCUCAGGAGACGCUGUCCGAAAUGCUCAAAGAAGUCAGAUUGCUUUCGCAGAUGAACCAUCCCGCUGUAGUGCGGUAUUACAACACUUGGCUCGAGGAGGUUCCCGAUCUUUCCGACGCGGAGGGGGACACGUCAACAGAGGGCGCAGGUGCUGAAACUUCCAGGGGAACACUUUCUCAGAAUAUCAAUAUCGAGUUCACCGAAAGCAAGAGCCGAGGUCUGGACUUCAUGUCGUCAAGCGGGCACCCAUACAUCGAAUUUGGCUACGAAUCCGCCAUUGAAGACGACGAGGAUGACGAAGACGAUGAAGGUGAAGACAGUUCCUUGUCAUCCGACGAAGACACAUCGACCUUGAAUAGCAAGGCUCCAAGAGAGCAGCUACUCGUCCCGAAUAAGCGCAUCAGGAGAGGAAGUACUCGCCCCUUCCGUACCAUCAUGUACAUUUCCAUGGAAUAUUGCGAAAAGCGAACUCUCCGGGAUUUGAUAGCGCGCAACCUGUACAAGGAGAUCCAAGAAAUUUGGCGUUUAUUCCGUCAAAUUCUCGAGGGCCUUGCUCACAUCCACAGCCUCAACAUUGUCCACCGGGAUCUGAAGCCUGAGAACAUCUUCAUCAGCGCCGGCCCGGAUGGGGUUGAGAAUGUGAAGAUCGGUGAUUUUGGUUUGGCAACGAGCGGACAGUUGGCUAUGGACAAGACUGUCGCCAACGUGGAUGCCAGCGACAUCACCCGGAGCAUCGGCACGGCCGUCUAUGUCGCCCCCGAAGUGAGAACGGGGGGCAGCGGCUCGUACACAGCGAAAGUGGAUAUGUAUUCCCUUGGCGUCAUCUUCUUCGAGAUGUCGUAUCCCCCUAUGCUGGGCAUGCAGCGCGCGCAGGUCCUUGAGCAAGUGCGGCGGAACCCACCCGCUCUUCCCUUGGACUUCAAGCCUGCCGAUAAGAAUCACUCCGACAUCUUGCUGUCGCUUCUGAGCCAUCACUCUAAAGAGCGGCCCUCCAGCGUCGAGCUAUUGAAAAGCGGCAAGAUGCCGGUUCAGAUGGAGAGUGAGGCGAUUCGACGUGCCAUUGCUGGCGUGGCUGAUCCGAAUUCGCCGUAUUUCCAGAAGAUGCUCGAUACGCUGUUUGCUCGCCAGAUCGAACCGGCAAAAGACUAUGCUUGGGAUAUGUCUUCCUCAACCCCUAGCCCAGCCGACCUGAUGCGCCGGUACAUCGUCAAGGACACGCUGAUAUCUAUCUUUCGGCGGCACGGCGCUGUCGAGGCUCCACCCGCGUGCCUGUAUCCCCGAUCCUCGCACUACGGGCAGUAUGCGGUCCAUUUGCUUGACCGAAACGGUACCGUCCUCCAGCUCCCAUUUGACUUGGUGAUGGGCCACGCCCGGUCCCUGGCAAGAAUCACGAACUGCGCUGUCCCGCAACGUUCUUACUCGUUCGGAAACAUCUACCGCGACCGCCAUGACGGCGGGCAGCCCGAUGUCUACGGAGAAGUUGACUUCGACAUUGUCACAACCGAUGCUUUGGACCUUGCUCUGAAGGAAGCUGAGGUCAUCAAGGUUCUGGAUGAGAUAGUUGCUGCUUUCCCAACGACGUCGUCGACUCCGGUCUGCUACCACCUGGGCCAUUCCGACCUCUUGCAUUUGAUAUUUGAGUUCUGCGGGGUGGAAGUUGGUGCCAGACAGGCUGCUGCCGAGGUCCUCAGCAAGCUGAAUAUACGAAACUUUACCUGGCAAAAAGUUCGGAUUGAGCUCCGGUCGCCUUUGGUAGGCAUCUCGGCUACCAGCGUCGACGAGCUGCAGAGAUUCGAUUUCAGGGACACGCCCAGUAAGGCCAUCACAAAGCUGAGGAAUCUCUUUGACGGGACCGAGUACAGUGAGAAAGUGUCAUCGACGUUGGCCCACUUGAGGGAAGUCUACGAGUAUACCAAGAAAUUCGGCCUCAACAGCAAGGUCUACAUUGCCCCGCUCAGCAGCAUCAACGAGUCGUUCUUCCGUGGAGGCUUUCUCUUCGCUUGUCUGUAUGACAAGAAGGUCAAAGAUGUCUUUGCCGCCGGCGGCCGCUAUGAUGGGUUGAUCAAGGAACACCGUCCCAAAAUCGGCAGCCGGUUUGAAGAGCGACACGCGGUGGGCUUUAGUCUGAACUGGGAGAAGCAGCUCGCAAAACAAGUACCCAAGACGACGGGCAAGGCGUUUCUCAAGAAGGCGGUUGAGGAAGAAGCCCAGGGCAUCUUCUGCGCAAAAAGAUGCGAUGUGCUUGUCGCCAGCUUCGACCCGUCUGUCCUGCGUUCUUCGGGCAUUGAGCUGUUACAAACCCUCUGGGCACAUGGCAUUAGCGCCGAGCUCGCCCGCGACGCCCGCUCCCCCGAAGACCUCCUCUCGGCCUACCGGGACGAAUCCUACAGCUGGAUCGUCAUCAUCAAGCAGGAUAACCAGCUCAAGAUCAAAACUCCGGGCCGCAAGGACGCACCGGACGCGGAUAUUGCCGCCAAGGAACUCUUGUCCUGGCUCAAAUCCGAAAUCCGCGAGAGAGAGUCCCGCUCAGGCAUGAAGUACCGCAGCACCGCCGGCAUGGUGCCGCACUCCGACUCUGCCAGCGCCCUCCUCCCCGCCUCGGCGACAACCGAGCGCAACGAGCAGCAGGACGUGCACGUGCUGGUGGCGCAGACAAAGUCCAAAAAGUUCAAUCGGCGCGCCGUCGUGGAGCAGGCGCAGACCAGCGCGGCCAGGCUGGUGCAGUCGUUCCUCGAGGGCCCCAUCGCCGCCAUCGAGACGUCGGACGCCGUCAUGGACCUGAUCCGGGGCACGAGCCUGUCGGACCCGGAGAGCUGGCGCCGGGUCGAGCACAGCGUCGGGACGGCCGAGAAGAAGUAUGUCCGGGAGAUUCACGACAUGCUCAAGCAGUGGCGGUGGGAGUGGGAGGCCAAGAAGGAGAAGGACGGGAGUGGGAGUAAUGCGUUUGUGUAUAACUUUCGCACGGGGACAUGUGUUUACUAUGACUUGGGAGCUUAGGAAGCUUCUACGGCAUCGGCAUCGGGCUCGGGUUCAGGAUCGGGAUCAACGAGGGAGAAGAGGGCGAGGAGAUGGUCUGUUGGUAUCUGAGAGAGAUCUAUUUGGCUUGGGCAGUCUAUGGGGGUAUCCUGGUUUAGGGCUUAGGUCUCCUCUCUGGUUGCGGCUCUGAGUUAGUUUGGUUGUUUGCCUGCUUAGGUUUUGCGGCAGUGCAUCGUGCAUGCACCUUGUUCCUGCAUUGAGAUAUACGGAUAGCACGCUUUUGUUGAUACCCCUGAAUGCGCGGAGACUACCUGACGGCUGGUUGGAGGUUCCAUAAGUGUACGGAGUACCUAACUCAGCAAACGAUUGUUCC